AUGACCAUCCUGCCCCAUGUCACCUCAGCCUUUCAGUGUAAGAGUAGAGAAUGCUGCUUCACUUGGCUGCAAGCAGUCUCAUACUACUCCAUCGUGGACAUAUUGGGAGAGUUGGUGACCUUCAAGGAUGUGAUGGUGGACUUCACUGAGGAGGAGUGGGGGCUCUUGCAUCCUUCUCAGAAGGAGCUGUACAAGGAGGUCAUGCUGGAGAAUGUCCAGAAUCUGCUGUCACUGGAGCCAGUCUUCUUUUACAUCAGAGAAUCCACACAGGAGAAAAGCGUUAUAAAUGUAAUCAAUGUGGAGAGGCUUUCACACAGAAUUCCAGUCUUACUGUACAUCGGAGAAUCCAUACUGGAGAGAAACCUUUUAAAUGUAAUCAAUGUGGAAAGGCUUUCAUAUAUAAUUACAGGCUUACAAAACAUCAGAGAAUCCACACAGGAGAAAAGCCUUAUAAAAUGCAAUCAAUGUGGAAAAGCUUUCAUAACCAGAGGAAAUCUUGCUGUACAUCAGAGCAUCCACACAGGAGAAAAGCCUUAUAAGUGUAAUCAAUGUGGAAAGGCAUUCAGAUGUAAUUACACUCUUGUAGAACAUCAGAGAAUACACACAGGAGAAAAGCCUUAUAAUUGUAAUCAAUGUGGAAAGGCUUUCACAUGCAAGGGAGUUCUUAGCAGACAUCAGAAAAUCCACACUGGAGAGAAACCUUUUGAAUGUAAUCAAUGUGGAAAGGCUUUCAUAGCGAGAGCCAGUCUUGUUAUACAUCAGAGAAGUCACACUGGAGAGAAACCUUAUAAAUGUGAUCAAUGUGGAAAGUUUUUCAAAAGGAGGGCCAGUCUUACUUUACAUCAGAGAAUCCACACAGGAGAAAAGCCUUAUAAAUGUAAUCAAUGUGGAAAGUUUUUUACACGGAGUGCCCAUCUUGCUGAACAUCAGGGAAUCCACACAGGAGAAAAGCCUUAUAAAUGUAAUCAAUGUGGAAAGGCUUUCAUAAGUAAUUACAGGUUUGCAGAACAUCAGAGAAUUCACAUUGGAGAGAAACAUUAUAAAUGUAAUCAUUGUGGAAAAGCUUUUAGACAUAAUUCCAAGCUUACAGAACAUCAGAGAAUCCACACUGGAGAGAAACCUUAUGAAUGCAAUCAUUGUGGAAAGGCUUUCAGACUUAAGUACCAGCUUACAGAACAUCAGAGAAUGCACACUGGAGAAAAACCUUAUAAAUGUAAUCAAUGUGAGAAAGCCUUUACACGAAAGACGAAUCUUACAACACAUCAGAGAAUCCACACAGGAGAGAAAACCUCAUAAAUUGAAUCAAUGUGGAAAGGCUUUUCAUAAAGAGAGUCAUUCUUUCUUUACAUCAGAGAAUCCACACAAGAGAAAAGCCUUAUAAAUAUAAUCAAUGUGAAAAGUGUUUCACAUGCAAGAGAGAUCUUAGCAGACAUCAGAAAGUCCACAUGGGAGUGAAACAGUCUGAAUGAAAUCAGUGUGGAAAGGCUUUUACACACAGUGCCUGUCUUGCUAGACAUCAGAGAACUCACAUUUUUGAAAACUUUUUGAAAGUAUUCAGUGUGGAAAGGCUUUUGCACAGCAGUGAAAUCUUGUUGAACAUCAAAGAAUCCACUCUGGAGAGAAACAUUUUGAAUGAAAUCAUGAGGAAAGGAUUUCAACACUUGGGUCCUUUCCAGCUGCAUGUCAGAGAAUUCCCCCUUGGAGAGAUACCUUAUAAAUGAAAUUAAUGUGCAAAGGCAUUGAGUUACAAAUCCAAGAUUGGUAAACAUCAGAGAAUGCUCAUUAAGGAGAAGCAUUAUGGUAAUAAUAAACAUGAGAUGAUUUCACAAAGAGUUCCCAUCUGGCUGUAUAUGAGACAAUCCACACGGGGGGAGAAACCUUAUAAAAAAUUCAAGGAGGAAAGCCUUUUGGCAAAGGCAGGGGCCCAAACCCAAACUGACUACCAAAUACUUCAUGGCAGCAUAAAGAAAACUAUUCUACUGGCAGAGUACAUUCAGGAGGCACAGUGCCCUUUGGCAUGUCUUUAUUUCCACUGUGGGCAUCCCGGACAUCAGGGUGUGGUGGUGGUGAGGGCCAGGAAGAAGAUUCAAUAGGGGAUUAUGCUGAGUCAGGGAGGAGUUCUGAUCCUGAAAUACCCCACUAAACAUGGAGUAGUCACCAACUGAAGGGGUGUGGAUAGCUGGGGCCAUGCUUUCUAUAAUGUAUUCCAUGAGACCAACAAAGAACCCCCUGUGCUGCUCACAGAAGCCCCCUGACCCCAAAGGAAAGAAAAGAUGACACAGAUUAUGUUUGAGAUCUUCAGCCCCUUGCUUCAUUCACUGCCAUCCUGGCUGGCUGCCUCCCUGCCUCUGGCUGUACCCCUGGAGUUAUGAUCAACUCUGACGAUGAUGGGACUCUGACUAGCUGUGAUCUGACAGACUCCAGCAUAAUGAUUUGGACUUUAUUGAUUCCUUGUAUAGAGCGUGUUCACACGUGGCUGUUUUUGUCAUUUACUUUUUCAUUAAACUAUGUUGGCAAUAGAGAGACUUUGGCAUUCUCCAUAGUGCUAAGGACUGCGUCUGGCACAUAAUAGUGCUUAAUAGAUGUAUAUUAAUUGAUUGAUCAACUGGCAAAGAAAAAAAAGUGAUACUGUUCAUGAUCUGGUCUGGAUUGAUUGCUUCCAGACUACUGAAGAAGAGCUCUCAUUUUAUUGAAGCCCAAGAUGAUACUAGGUAUGAUGUGUCAUAACCAAAACAACUUCUGUUUUUGUUUUAUGAUUGCUUUCAUUUGCUAAUAAUGACUCCUAUUCCUCAUGUUCCUGUUUUAUGGAAAUGAGUAACUAUGAUAGUUAUGUAUUAUUUUAUUAACUAGGGCUGGAGGUAGAACUAAUUUGCAAGACCAACAUUGUUAGAAUAUUUAUGAGGAAUAAAUUAGUUGAAAAGGCCCCUAGAACUCAGGAUCAUUGACAAUCAACAGUUAACAGAAUAAGCAAAGAGGCAGACAGAAUGGCCAUGUCUGUAAAUCCUUGCAUACCUAGGAGGACUCGUCUAUUUUUACAAUCUGCUACAUAUAGAAUCGUUUUGGCCAAUGUACUUGGUAUUUGAUACUCUCCCAUUUCUAGCACAUUCAGAUAUGAUUCCUUUUUUCAGAACCUUUAUUACUUUGAACCAAUGUUCUUUCAUAUAGAUAAAAAUGUUCUUUCAUAUUUUCA